CAAUACUUUCUCCAUCUCACCUCUUUUACAUCUCUAUAGAGUGAGAGAGUGUAUUCAAGAUGGCCAGAGAUUUGUUCAACGUUCCAAUCUUCUUCAUCGUCUUUCGAGAGACGAUCGAAGCAGGUAUCAUCGUCUCGGUCUUACUUUCCUUCGUCGAACAGCUCAUGUUGACUGGUCGACUAUCUUAUAAACCCGUAUCAUCAAAUGAACAUGUCGGUCAUCAUUCCCCACCUCAGACUCCAGGGUUCGAGGACAGCAAAGAUCACAAGACUUUACCUCAGGAAAAUGAGAUGGAUGCGAGUUCGAGUAUCGAUGAUGAGGCCAGAGUUAAGGGUAUCGUACGUCGGAUGAGAAUUCAAAUUUGGGCUGGAGUAUUGGUUGGGUUCUUCAUCGCUCUUGCCAUUGGAGCGGCAUUCAUUGCGGUGUUUUACACUCAAGUCCGCGACCUGUGGGCCAACACUGAACAAAUCUGGGAAGGUGUAUUCUCCAUCAUUGCUGCCAUUAUCAUCUUCGUCAUGGGUCUCGCUUUCCUCCGUAUGGAUCGUUCGCGUAUCAAAUGGCGUUACAAGCUUGCCGCAGCUUUCGACAAAUCCCAAGCCAAAGCUUUGGGGUCCUUGAACGAGGAAGACAGAAACGAGGGGAGAGGGGGUAAAUGGGCUUUGUUCUUAUUACCUUUGAUCACUGUCAUGCGUGAAGGUUUGGAAGCUAUCGUCUUUGUCGGUGGAGUAUCUCUCAACGUCACCGCAGCAUCUAUCCCCAUCGCCGUCAUCGUCGGUCUCAUAGCUGGCAUCGUCGUCGCUUACAUCAUCUACCGCACUGGAUCCACAACCACCCUUCACUGGUUCCUCAUCGGUUCCACCACUUUCAUUUUCCUCAUUGGUGCUGGUCUCGCUUCCAAAGGUGUGGGAUAUUUCCAGUAUUACGUCUUUGCGAAAGGUGUUGGUGGUGAUGUGGCCGAGACGGGCGAUGGACCUGGUUCUUUCCAGGUGAAAGGGAAUGUUUGGCAUUUGACGUACGGGAAUCCCGAGACUGGAAGUCCUACGACAAACGGUGGUUGGCAGAUCUUUAACGCCAUCUUUGGCUGGAACAACACCGCCACCCUCGGUUCCAUCCUCACCUACGUGUUCUUCUGGAUCGCAGUCAUCGCCGUUCUCAUCUUUAUGAAAUGGCAAGAAGGUCGUGUCAGUUUCUUCGGCAAACGAUCUCAGGCCGCUCAUAGGAUGGAAGCUGCCCGUGUGGCGAGGAACGAACGUCUGGCUCAACACACUCAUGUGGCUGAGUCGUCAUGAGUCACUUAACCUACCCGUAUCAUUUUUGGGUAGAGGUGGUCGUCCUUUUCUCUUUAGUGUUUGAGAUAGGAUCGGAGUGAGAGUGAUAUGUCAUGAGUGACAUCAUUGGCAAUCAAAAUCGUGAAUGGCUAGAUAUGAAGGUGUUUAGGGGAUAGGUGAAUAAUUCAAAGGGUGUUGAUAGAAUUUUGGAUGAAUCUUGUCGCCGAGUUG